AUGAGAGAGAUCCUUCACAUUCAAGGGGGCCAAUGCGGCAACCAGAUCGGCUCCAAAUUCUGGGAGGUGAUCUGCGAUGAGCACGACGUCGACACCACCGGAAAGUACAACGGCGCCUCCCACAUGAAGCUCGACCGCAUCAACGUCUACUUCAACGAGGCCUCCCAGGGGAGGUACGUCCCUCGGGCCGUCCUCAUGGAUCUCGAGCCCGGCACCAUGGACUCCAUCCGGGCCGCCCCCUACGGCCACAUAUUCCGCCCCGACAACUUUGUAUUCGGCCAGUCCGGGGCCGGGAAUAACUGGGCCAAGGGGCAUUACACCGAGGGCGCCGAGCUCAUCGACUCCGUUCUCGACGUUGUUAGGAAGGAGGCCGAGAGCUGCGACUGUAUGCAAGGGUUCCAAGUGUGCCACUCAUUGGGUGGGGGCACGGGGUCUGGCAUGGGCACCCUCCUGAUCUCAAAGAUCAGAGAGGAGUUCCCCGAUAGAAUGAUGCUCACUUUCUCCGUUUUCCCAUCCCCGAAGGUCUCUGACACGGUGGUUGAGCCCUACAACGCCACCCUCUCCGUCCACCAAUUAGUCGAGAACGCGGACGAAUGCAUGGUCCUCGACAAUGAGGCCCUUUACGAUAUCUGCCUCCGUACCCUGAAGCUCACUACUCCAAGUUUUGGGGACCUGAACCACUUGAUCUCGGCGACGAUGAGCGGGGUGACAUGCUGCCUAAGGUUCCCAGGGCAGCUAAACUCCGACCUUCGGAAACUGGCCGUGAACCUUAUCCCUUUCCCCCGCCUUCACUUCUUCAUGGUGGGGUUCGCCCCACUCACCUCCCGUGGAUCCCAGAACUACUUUGCCCUUAGCGUCCCAGAGUUGUCCCUGCAGAUGUGGGACGCUAAGAACAUGAUGUGUGCGGCCGACCCCCGGAACGGCCGGUACCUGACAGCCUCCGCCAUGUUCCGGGGGAAGAUGAGCACAAAGGAGGUCGACGAGCAAAUGUUGCACGUGCAGAACAAGAACUCGUCCUACUUCGUCGAGUGGAUCCCGAACAACGUCAAGUCGAGCGUCUGCGACAUACCGCCUACCGGGCUGAAGAUGUCAUCAACGUUCAUCGGAAACUCGACGUCGAUACAGGAGAUGUUCCGCCGCGUCAGUGAGCAGUUCACGGCGAUGUUCCGCCGGAAGGCUUUCCUACAUUGGUACACCGGUGAGGGGAUGGACGAGAUGGAGUUCACGGAAGCGGAGAGCAACAUGAAUGAUCUGGUGGCGGAGUACCAACAAUACCAGGACGCCGUCGCCGACGAGGAGGAGGACUACGAAGACGGCGGUGCUCAAGAUUAUGAGAAUUGAUAUACUAUCUUCCUGCAAAAAAAGUACUAGAGAAUGCCUUUUGAUUAAUGUUUUGUCUUUGAUUUUAAGUUUUUAUUCAAUCAUCAUAUGUUAGUUUUAAUGAAUUAGUGUAAGUUAAGAUUUGUUCUGUAUUAGUGAUUGAUUAAUUUUUGUGAA